ACCCCUCAGAGGAAGAUGAGUAACCCGCAGCCAGGAUUGCUAAAUCAUGGCAACAUUCAUGGAACGACUGGCUUUCCUUCAGAAAGUCCCAACUCUGAUGAAGGCUACAGCAGAUGAUGAAACCCCCUGUCCUGGGUACCUUUUCCAAGAUAUUGGAAAAAUCUCCCAUGAGUCUUCAGGUUGCGGUCAGUGUUUGUUGGAGUACCUUCUGGAGAGGUUGCAGGUGGAAUCCUGUCAUGUCAAACUUAAGGUGCUGAAGAUCUUUGUCCAUCUUUGUGGUCAUGGCUCAGACCAUUUCCUCACAGAACUUCGAAGGAACUCCACCUUCAUCCAGCAGGCAUCAGUUUACAGCGGCCCUCCUGAUCCUAUCCAUGGCACAGCAUUGUACCAGAAAGUGAGAAAUACAGCACAGGAAGUGGCCAGGUUGCUCUUCACAGAUACAAUUUCCACCAAAGAUGGAGUUUCCCCGCUCAACCUAGCCCCCAUAACAAUGGGUAUGGGCUCAGCGACUUCCCACAGGUCAGGAAUGCAGGGCUUUGGAUACAGUCCAGGGAAGCAGGGGACAGCCAGUGAUUCACUACUGAAUAAGAUCCAGAAAGCUGCAGAGGUAGUGGCCAGUGCUGUCCUUCCCCCAACCGAACACCAGGGCAUCCGUCUCCAUGACAACCAUUACCGGGCAGUAGUUGCGCCGUCCGCACCCAUAGAGGUGGCAGUGCCUGCGUGUGCCUAUAACCUGCCUGCUCGCACACCAAAAGCAUUGACCCAGCGGUGUCCAGGGCAGGUGGGAGGCGGCUGGGAAGAGACCGACAGCGGCAACAGCUCCUCUCACAACUCUUCUCAGGAUAUCGCAGCAAACAGCCAGGCCUCCGUGGGCAGCAAGUCAGCCGGUACCGGGAGCCAAUCGGGGGCCAGUAGAGAGAGCAGUGGGGACCUAUCAGAAAGGGUGGAAGCCUUGCAGUUGGGGGACUGUGGCCAGGAGAUGGCGCUGAUCAGCAGACUGACUGAGGGAUCCAGAGUUUUCCUGUCCAGAGAGGAGAGCCAGCACUUCAUAAAAGAGUGCUCCAUUCUCAACUGUGAGGUCGUAGUGGAGUUGCUCUCAAGCAGGCUUCAAGAUCCGUCAAACACUAUUCAGAUGCGGGUACUGUGUGCUGUAUCAUGCCUCCUGACCUCUGACCUCCUGUCUCUGGAACAAAUGUUUGGAGCAACACAACGAAGGCUCCGCCAGCUGAGUGAGGGGGCUUCAGGACCUGUGGCCAACAAAGCCACCAAGAUCCUGCGACAGUUUGAGGCUCUGAUGGGUGGAUCUGUACUCGCUCCGAGGCAGGAUACAGCAAACAGCAGCCAUCAGGCAACAACUAAUCAGCUUACCACAUCUACACACUCAGACCCUCUACUACUUAACCACUCACCUGGGAAUCAAGACCUCAUCUAUAAACAGCCUGACAUCUCACCCACCGGGGUCACCCAACCACCAAAUCACCCAUCUCCCCACUCCAGUCUUUCCUUGGCCCAGAGAGACCUCUCAGGGGAGCUGAUGAAGGACUGCGAUGAUGAAAAACGUUCUCCCAUUUUGCACGAGUUAGUGCAAAGCCAUCCGGAGCCAGUCAGGACUGCUGAGGUUAAAUUGGUUGAUGAGGAAUCAGAGCUUAACACAAACGGGAGCUCUCCCCAUUCAGCUGAGCCCCAAAGCGAGCAGCCCUGUCUGGGCAGACUGACGCUGUUCAGCGGUAUGGAGCUGGUGACUCAGGGGAGGCCCCUGUGUUCAAGAGAGACGUCCCAGACAGAGACGGGCAGGACGGGCGACAGCUUAAGGGAGAACCUAGCUGUGCAUACCAGUAUCGGCACCAGUAAAACCAGUGAUGACGCUCCUUUAAUUUGCAAUUCAGUUGGAUCUGAGAGCAGCCAACCAGUAUCGGCCUUCUCAUUUCUCAACUUUUGACCAACGUUGUACAGCUGGAACUGUCACAGUUAAGCCAAUGAUGUCAUCAUGUAUAUAUGUCUAGAAAACUAUUUAAUUUUAUAAACCAAUAAGCUUAGAGCUAUAUAUAAACAGCAGAUUAAAUUGAUGGUUGGAGUUUUAUGUUAUCGGUAUGGUGCCUCCUUGGAAAUCGAUUUAAGCAGCAGACUGGGCUGAGAGACAGAGAUUUAGGACACAUAACUGUUGUCCUCUUAGAGUGAGUGCAAUAUACAGUUGGCAUGAGAAACCCCUCAGCUGUCAUAUGUGAGACGGGUCUGUAAGCUAUGUUGCUGUUUGUUGGCUGAAAUCUUGUAUCUUAAAAGUAUUAAACAAGAAUGCUUGCCUUGAAUUACAGGUUAUUAUUGAUAGUUGCUUUAUCUCAGGAUUCCGUUUAGCUGACUAACAACUCCUGCGCCUCUGCAGCACGUCCUAAACCUCUGAGGGAGAAUCCCUCCAUUUGUAAUUUGCACUACAGUUGCUUUUCUAAUGGUCUCAUAAACCUACAAACGAGAGUUGUCUUCCAUAUUUUUGGUACUUAGCCAUUGUCAGUGUAAAUGUUACGAGUGCUAGUUUACAAAUGAUUUAUUGUCUCCAGUGUAUUGAUUAAAACAAACUCAUGAGUGGUUGUAGGGUGCAUGAUUAAAGACUAGUGGAUAACUAAAGGAAUAAUUCCAUAUUGAGAUAUUUUGUGUGCAUAUCUUGUGUGGCAUUAAACUGCCAUCAGCAUAAUGCAAAAUAAGCAAUUUCAUGAGCGGUUUGUUUUUGUAGCCAAAUACAAAGCAGAUUACCUUCCCUAUCUCACCAUGACUGUUUCAGUUACAUACUCCACUGUGGAGUUGAGGACUGUGGAAUGUGGUACACACUACAUGCCAAAAUGGGAAUCCAACCUACAGAUAUGAACAAUGAACGCCACUGAUGUAUUCUGUUUCAGUGAGCACAAGCUAAGCUGUUGCAUAAGCUGAAGAACAAUAAAACCUGCUGUGUUUUUGUUACAGCACUAACUACU